GCGUCUCAUUGUAACCUCCGGUUCAGCCAGGUCAGUUGACGUCACAUCCUGCGCCGCGGCCUAGUCACCCGGAGACUGGGAAAGGCAGCGAAGGGAGUGAGCCGAACGGGUGCAGCCAUACAAUGAUCUUGUUUACCCGUCUCCUGGCCGUUUCCCUUCUCCUGGCCACCGGUGCAUUUGCCAAGUUUCAGGAGUUUGAUGACAGUGACGAUGUAGCAGAGUAUGAUGACAAUGACUUUGCUGAGUUUGAGGAUGCUGCAGAUGAGGUGCCCACUGUUCGCCCCCCGAGCCAGCAAACACCAGAGAAAGAGGAUGAGGAUGAUGAUGAUGAUGAGGAAGCAACGGUAGAGCUGGAGGGACAAGAGGAGUUUGAAGAGGAUGCAGAAGGACAGGAGGGUGAUGCUGAUGCAGAACCAUAUGAUGAUGAAGAGUUUGAAAAUUAUGAAGACAGGAUGGAUACUGGGACUCCAAACAAGAAUAAAGAUCCAAUUACCAUUGUGGAUGUUCCUGCUCACCUACAGAACAGCUGGGAGAGCUAUUACAUGGAAAUCCUUAUGGUUACUGGGCUGUUGGCCUACAUCAUGAACUACAUCAUUGGCAAAAACAAGAACAGUCGGCUAGCACAGGCCUGGUUCAACUCUCACAGGGAACUCCUGGAAAGCAACUUUUCUCUUGUGGGGGAUGAUGGGACAAAUAAGGAUGCUGUAAGCACAGGAAAGCUGAAUCAGGAGAAUGAGCACAUCUAUAAUCUGUGGUGUUCAGGGCGACUGUGCUGCGAGGGCAUGCUGAUUCAACUCAAGUUUAUUAAGCGCCAGGACUUACUCAAUGUGUUGGCUCGUAUGAUGCGCCCAACAUGUGAUCAAGUGCAAAUAAAAGUAACAAUGAACGACGAGGACAUGGACACAUAUGUUUUUGCUGUGGGAACUCGCAAAACACUGGUCAGGUUGCAGAAAGAGAUGCAGGACUUGAGUGAAUUCUGCAAUGACAAACCUAAAUCUGCUUCUAAGCUUGGUCUUCCUGAGUCAAUGGCCAUCCUGACUGAGAUGGGGGAGGUGACAGAUGGUGUUAUGGACACCAAGAUGGUUCACUAUCUCACACAUUAUUCUGAUAAAAUAGAGUCCAUCCACUUCUCUGACCAGUACUCUGGUCCAAAGAUCAUGCAAGAGGAAGGGCAGCCACUCAAACUCCCAGAGACAAAGAAAACUCUUCUGUUUACAUUUAAUGUGCCUGGAUCUGGAAAUGCAUCUGUGAAAGACAUGGAGGCCCUUCUACCACUGAUGAAUAUGGUGAUUUAUAGUAUUGAUAAAGUUAAGAAAUUCCGUCUAAACAGAGAGGGUAAGCAAAAAGCUGAUAAGAAUCGUGCCCGUGUAGAAGAGAACUUCCUCAAACUCACUCAUGUACAGCGCCAAGAAGCAGCUCAGACCCGCCGUGAAGAGAAAAAGCGGGCAGAGAAAGAACGCAUCAUGAAUGAGGAGGAUCCUGAGAAACAACGGCGUCUAGAGGAAGCUGUUCAGCGUCGAGAGCAAAAGAAGAUGGAAAAAAAGCAAAUGAAGAUGAAGCAGAUCAAAGUAAAAGCCAUGUAACUUGUCCAAAUAAUCCCUCCAGCAACAGCAGAGUAGGUGGAAGCAGUGCCCAGUAUAGGAGGCAAGGGAUAACCUAUGAUAUCCACACUAAUGUAUAGUGCAAUCAGCCUGGAAGUCCUCCCAUUCUCUGAUGCGUUAUAUAGGUGUCCUCUAUUCUGGCAAAGGUUGAAUGUUCUUGUCUCAUCAAUGGACUUGUGUUGAAAUACAUCAUUCCUGGUUGGUUAUUUUGUGGGCCUGGAAUGGGCCAAAAUACCAGGAAUAAAUUAAGUUAAAGGGGAGGUUUUACUCUUGUAGUGAUACAGGGACAAAAUGCAUAGUAAAAUCAACCGAUCUUAUAAAAUGUACAACAAAAAUCAAACCCUUUAGUCAGAUCCUCCGAGAUAAUCCGCACCAUCACCGAAGCCUAUAAAAUAUCCUGCUGGAGUUAAAAAGAAAAAAAUUUUGGAUUUAUGAUUUUUUUUUUUAAUGGUUUGUUUUAAUCAAGAUAAUUAGCAUAAAGUGACAACUAAUCCCCUUCUCUGUUCACCCAGGAAUGAGUUCCCAUAUAUGCAGCAUUAUGCAGCCUAAAAGUUAUAAUUUGGCAAAAUCUUCAAAUGUGCAGUUUCCCAAUACUGUGUUUAGGGGGCAGAGUCCUCCAAAAACAUUAUUAGGUCAUUUUGCCUAGAGCUGAAACAGCUUAGUAUUUUUUUCUAUUUUGAUGUAACAGAAUGUUCCCCAGGUUCAGAGUUUAUAUAUAUUAGUAUUUAAAUUAUUAAAACAUUAUAAAAGGUAUGACAUAAAUGUAAAAGGAGUGGUAUUAUUUACAAAGGGCAAACAUCAAUUCUUAAGGAGCUGACACCAUUGUUAGAUUGGCUUGCUUAACUGCCAUUUCACAGCUUUCAGAUAUUGGGCAGGAGUAGGAUUAUCUUUAAAAGUGAGGCUUACAAUUUUUUUAUGUGUAUAUUACUAAGUGUACCAAUGUUGCAGCACUCCAUCGGGUUUAUGUGAUAAAACGCACUAAGUUUGCCCAGGACAGUGACCCAUAGAAACCAAUCAGCAGGCAGCAUUUACCGGUGACCUGUUUAAAAGCAAACAUUUUAUUGGUUGCUAUCAGUUACUGCUCCUGGGCAAACUUAGUGCCUUUUAUUAAAAAUAUAUCGUAUAAAUGACAUAAAUCAUAAAACCUUAAUUUUGUUUUUAUCAAGGUUAAGGGAAACGUAUAAACAGAAUCUUCAGGGAGCCCAUCCUAAGUAAGAAGUUUCGGUAGACCUAAUAAGGCGCAUGCUUUGAAAAGGGUCCCUGGGGAGUUUUCAUGGUUUUUGUGUUGUUUAUAUUGUUUCUUCACAAAUUGUUCUAAUAGCGUGAUCCCUAGACCUCAGUACUAAAAGAUGUGGGCCCCACCUCUGCCACCUUCAGUAGAAUGGGCAAAAAAAUAUAGAACCACAAUUUAUUAGCACUGAGUAUCACUACUAAAUUAAAAGCACAUUAAAACUUGGCUGACCAGCCUACUAAUUCACACAAUCAAAUAUAGUACCUAUCUUUAGCCCCAAAGGCUGAUUUUAAUCCUCAAUGCUAAUAAAUUGUGGUUCUAUAUUGUUUUUAUUGACUUUGAAUAAAAUUAUGGUUUUAUGAUUUACGGCGUCUGUGACAUCAGUAAAUGUGGAUACAAGUGAAUGGGAAAGCACUGCCAUGAGGAUCAUAACACCCUAGAAGAUGUUACCCUGUGAUAUCCCUUUUUCCAAACAGGAGUCUUAUUGGUGGUGCCGUUGCCCAAAUGUCCAGAGCCAACUGCCAUGUGAAUGGGUACUGCCUGCUUGUAUACAGGAGGCAAUAACCCUUUCAUAAACCAGUUCUUUCUAAGCAUUUAGAGCCUGGACAAUUGUGUGACGUAAUGAAAAAAAUUUGUGAUCUGUAUACUUUUAAGAUAAUUAUCAUGUAUAGCAUCAAAACUAUUACCUUUUUUGCUUGGGUGGAAAGCAUGGGCCAAGGACUCCAUCCAGUUCGUGCAUCCGUUGCGGGUUUUUUUUUCCAUUUAAUUUCCCCAGUGCUAAGCUGCUGAUUGGCCCAUGGGCCAGACAUUUGGCUUAGCCUGAUGUGACUUUUCACAAGCCGGGUUACCAAUUCUGGUAAAGAUACUCUCGUUUGCCAACCUGGACAACUUAAUUCAAUUUAGCAGUUUACAGAGAGGAGUUUGAAGAGAGAUUUUAGUGUGGACAGUUCUGUGUAUAGAGCAGUACUGCUGACUUUUUGCCCACAAUGCACUGCCAGUUCUGUAUAUAGACUGCUACUUACAGUUAUGGGAAGGGGAUGUUAAUUCAUGUUGAAUAGAUUUUUUUAAAACUUCCAAGUCUCCUAGGUGAAGGAAUCCUUAGAAGGAAAUUUACAGUCACUGAGGGGUGGCAAAAUGUUAGGCACCCCCAGUUAUUGUAAUAGUUUACCUAAUACCCCGGGCCGCUGCUCUUGUUAGCAGAAAGCCGCACUGUCCAGGGUGUACCCAAGCAAGCAUUCCUCUUCCUCUUUUGGUCUUCGCACAUGUGCAGUAGAGUGAAACACUGAACUUCAACAAAAAAGCUGCUUUAGCUCAACUGUGCAUGGUUGGGCCCCAUGAUCGCUGAUAAAGGAGAAGGAAGGAAGAAAGAGGAUAGUUUGCUUGCAUUUACCCCAGGGAAGUGCAGUUUUCUUCUAUCAGAAGCACCAACCGAGGGUUUCAGGUAAGCGAUUACAAUCACUAUGGGAUGCCUAACGUUUGGCACCCCCUAGUGAUUUAGCCUUUUCCUUCUCCUUUAAAACUGCUGUCAAAAGUGUUAAUUUGUGCUGAAAAAGUCUUUCGCAAGGCAAACAAGAUCAGUUGUCCUUGAUCUCAAUAAUUCUGGAUGAACAAUCUGUUUCAGAUACUAUUUAUUUGAAAUGUGAAUUCUCAAAAUGCCCCGUUUCUGGCAGUUCAGGCAGUCAAGUUGCUGCACACACCUGUAGGGGUAAAUGGCUAGCAGCCGGACCUCUUUUGGGGCUCCUUAGUGAGUUGGGCCUAGGAAAUUCAGGUGGCUGUGCUGUCAACAUUGAGAUAUUUUGAGGGUGGCAAAAAAAGCCUAGGAAAUUGGGUUCUGGGGAUGCCAUACCAAUGCCAGUAUCCUUUUUACUGAAGAAUACAUACACUUUACUCACUGCCAUUCACUCCCUUUGUGCAGGAUUCCAAGUAGGCAAUAUUUUGGAGCAUUCUGUUUUGGGCUGUUGCAUGCUAGGUUGUGAGCGUCCCGAGCUACUUACAGCAAGUCCUGCCUUUCCCUAUUGGAAAAUGAUCUGCUGUGAGUUUCAUGUUUGCAAUAAAAUUGCUUGGCGUGCCAUAGCCCAUAACUACAGAGGAACACUAAGAAAUGUAUAAUACUGAAUCUAUGCAAGAGCAUUUGUAGUAAAAUCAUGUGACUGUUGCAGACCCCACAAUUCUGUAUCAAUGCAAUGUUAUGCAAGCUGAUUCAAUGAUGGUGAGAGGUGAAAGGAGAGCACAUAAGCCAGUGUUGUGAGUUUUAAAAAGUCAUAUGAUUAGAAUAAAGACAAUUGUUGAUUUCUAUAGUUCCUGCUUUCUGCUAAUAAAUUAUUUUUAUUUGUA